AUGACAGAAGCAUCCCAUGGUUCCGUCGUGAGCUGCACCGACUCGGAAUCGGACGUGGGGCCAGUAGAAGCACAACGCAGCACCGCAGACACCCCGGUGCUGGAGGCCGCUGCCCCCUGUGUAGUGCCUUUGGGGGCAGAGAACGCAUCCAGUGACGACGCCCCUCUAACAACGCCCAGAGCCUUCAUCCCGGCCAGUGACAGCUUCAUCAACAGUCUGGUUUCUGAUCGCGACAAACCGGCUGAAGCUCAACCCUCCAUUUUAGAAGUGUCACAAGAGGACGCCGCUGCCCCCACGCCCGCCCCGGUGCUUCUGACCCCGGAUGAUGCGUUCCGGGACAAUCCCUGGAGCAACGUGGACCUGGAAGGGGCAGAAGCGGCGCGCAGUGCUCAGGCGGCAGGGCGCGCGGCGGACGGCGACACGAGCGCGUUGACUUUAGACAAUCCUCAAAGAACGGGAGAAGAAGAGGCGCCGGUGUGGGCCUGGAUCUCUGGUGGAGGCUGUGAUGUGGACUUGGAGUCUAAAGUCAGCUGGCUCAGUCCCACAGGUGUCCUCACCAGCUCUUUGUCUCUCACUCCCGUCCAAUCUGCCGCCUGGAGUGACGAACGUGAACGCAGAGACGUCACCAGCAGAAAACCCUUGGAGAGAAGCCAUUCUGUGUGGGUGCGCAAAGGAACUCUGCGCUGGUGGAGGGACUGGAAGCCUCAGCGCUGGGUCGACGUGACUGUGGCUUUGGAGCAGUCCACAAAGUCAGACGGAAAGAAAGACAGCAUUUUUUUUGUUUACUACACACAGUACGACGAGAAAAAGUACCUUCAAGUCCUCAUCAGUGAAAUCACAGCACUGGUCCCAGUUAUCAGAGACUGCUACUACGCCUUCGCCGUGUACACUGCCCAAAGAACCAAGCAGCGGUGGCCUUUGGUCCUCGCUGCUCAAACGGAGAAGGACCUGAUGGACUGGUUGUCGCUGUUGUCCGACUGUUGCUGUGAAUGUCGAGGGAUCUGCGGGCCGCCUUCUCGACACGCGCUGUGGUCCACCACCUCAAAGGGGGACGUGAUGGUUCAUGAGCCGUCCUUCACGCUAGAAUCUCCCGCCACCGCGUUCUCAUGUGAUCUCAUGUUCUGGAGGCAGGUCCCGGGACACCUGCGCUUGGUGGAGUCCAACAGUCUGGGGCUGGUGUGGGGCAUCGGGUGGGACGGCACUGCCUGGGUCUACCGUUUUCCGGGAGACCCAGCUGAGACGCAGCAGCAGACCGAUGUCCGUAAUGUGUACGUGUAUGAAAACCAGAGAUGGAACCCCAUGACGGGAUACACAGACAAGGGACUUCCUACAGAUCGCCCGAUGUGGAGUGAUGAAAGUGGGCUUAAGGAAUACACUAAAAAUACAACUCACCCUCCCACCCCUCAGUGGUCCUGGAUUUCAGAAUGGGCUGUAGAUUACAAUCUCCCUGGUGGCACAGACAAAGAUGGGUGGCAAUAUGCAGCUGACUUUCCUGUGACUUUCCAUGGGCACAAAACGUUGAAAGACUUUGUCAGGAGAAGAAGAUGGAUAAGAAAGUGUAAGAUCACCCUUGCAGCACCAUGGCAACAGGUCCCGCCCAUCCCACUGAGUGACAUCUGCCUGAUGCCCUGUCUGGCUCAGAGUAAGAUGGUGCAUGUGCCUGUGUGGGCCAUCAGCGAGAAGGGGGACGUCCUGUGCCGAUUGGGAGUGAGCCCUCAGAACCCUGCGGGAACCUCCUGGCUGCACGUCGGCACUGAUCAGCCGUUUAAGUCUGUGUCUAUUGGAGGAGCCAACCAGGUGUGGGCUAUCGCUAAGGAUGGCUCUGUGUUCUACAGGGGAUCAGUGUCACCUCAGAACCCUGCGGGAGAAUGUUGGUACCACAUACCAUCUCCUCAGAGACAAGCGCUUAAACAACUUUCAGUGGGACGUACAUCAGUGUUCGCUGUAGAUGAAAACAGCAACUUGUGGCACAGACAGGGCCUGACCCCGAGUUAUCCCCAGGGCUCAGCCUGGGAGCUCAUCUCCAACAACGUUACUAAAGUCACUGUGGGCCCUCUGGACCAGGUGUGGACCAUAGCAGAGGGAGUGCCAGGAUUUCCUUUGGAGUCUCCUGGAGCCAUAUGUCACAGAGUCGGAGUUGGACCAAUGCAGCCGAGAGGCCAUUCUUGGGACUUUGGCAUCGGGGGUGGAUGGGAACACAUUAGUGUUCGAGGAAACUCAGCAGAGGCCCCCCGGACCACCCUGCCCUCUCCUCGCAGCCCAGCCCCUCAGCGCCUCUCCAGUCUGGACAAUGGCUCUCCUGUGAGCGUGUGA